AUGGGCUGCUGGCUGUCGGGACCGUGGAGCGACCAAACGGUAAGUGGGCGGAGCCUGACUCACCUGAGCCAAAGAGAUGCUCUGCAGAUCCUCGCCGCCGCUCAACAUCCAAUCACAAUGCAGAUCAAAAGCCAGAGGCGGGGCCAAAAGACUGACCACAUCUCCAGCUGGGAGCCCCUCCCCCUGGGCCUGCAACACCUGAACCUGCCCAGGUCGUUCUACAGUCAGCUGCCUCAGGACUGUGAUCCGCGCUUCGGCUUCUUGAGCAGUUCCCCGCGCGACACACUGGAGCUUGCCCUGCAGGACCCGGAGCUAAGCCACGCCCCCAAAGAGCCCAGCUGUUUGAGCUGCUGUGGACCGGAGCUUCCCGAGAGCAAGGGCUUCAACACCCAGAAGGAUGAGGACCUGGUCUUGGACAAACCUCUGGGUUUCCUUCACCACGAGCUGGACAGUGGUCUGGGAUGGACUGAUGGCUCUGUCCACCAGGGGGAGCUGUCGGGGCUGGAGACCGAGGAGGUGGAGGAGUGCAGGCUCACGGGGGGCCGUACAGGCAUGGGCGGGUCACCUUCCUCAGAGUCCUUCAUCUCCUCCGAGCUCAGUGACUCAGGCUUCUUCAGCGUGUCCACGGGUGAGUUUCGUCACUUCCAGCGGCUCCUGGAGAAGAGGAUGCGUCUGUACAAUGCAAGGCUGCAGAACGAGGCGUACGACAGGAGUGAGCGUCGCGACAGCUGCCCUAAGAUUCUCCUGGAGGCCAUCCCUGAGAGCCUGCCAGUGCGACCCGGGCAGGUACACCCAGGCCAGCUGCACCCCGGUCAGCUGCACCCCGGUCAGCUUCAUCCUGGCCAGGACAACAAGCCCCGCCCACAGGACCAGCCACCCUGCCCACAGCAUGGCGCAGAGCCGGAGCUGCCCCCCAGAGGACUCUUCAGGGUCUCUUCAGUCCAAUUCCACAAGUCAGAUCGUCCGAGUCUGAACCGCCACAGCUCGAGCAGCGGUGCUCUCUUUAACCCCGCCCACUCUGUGAUGUCACGCCUAAAUGCACCAGUCCUGUCGACCUGCAGCACGCCAUCCAGCCACCGGAGGACGCUGAGGCCACACCCACCUCAGCAGCACGGGCUGAAGAGGAGCCGCACGCUGCACUAUCGCCCCCCACAGCCUGAGUACCGCCGUCGUGCCAGUCACCCCGCCUCGCCAUCUUACUACACCCUCGAUCAGAGCCCCGCCCCCCCUGCCACGAUGGAGCUGUCCCAUGCCCCGCCCGCUGCCGCCAUGUUGGAGCUGUCACAUACGCACAACGACCACAAUAUGCAACUGCAAGCCCUCCACUACGACGCUAACGCGAACUAUGAAGCUAACUACAAUGCUCGCUAUGAAGCUAACUACGACGCAAACUACGAUGCAAACUAUGAGGCUAAUGCUAACUACGAGCAGUACUGGAGAGAGCGCAGAGAGCAGAGCCGGUCAGUCCCCGACAACAACCUGAUGAUGGAGCGAGAGAUUGAACGUCUGCGGGAACAGGAGCUUAAAGAUUUGGAGUUGAGGCUGCAGCAGCAGGAGGAGUUGAGGUUGCAACAGCAGGAGGAGUUGAGGUUGCAACAGCAGGAGGAGCUGAGGCUGCAGCAGCAGGAGGAGCUAAGGAUUCAGCAGCAGGAAGAGCUAAGGCUGCAGCAGCAGGAGGAGCUGAGGUUGCAGCAGCAGGAGGCACAGCGGCGGGCGCAGCAGGAGGCACAGCGCGAAUCUACCGUGCGCCAAAGCAUUGAAUCCAACCGCCGACGUUUCCGUGACAACAGCAGCUCGUUCAGCCAGAGCGGAGAAGUUAACGACACGUGGCCCAAACCCAACACACGAAACACACAGUCAGGAGGCAGCCGCGGCCACUAUAGCACUCUGGACGGACCAAGUGGGUCUGUGGCAGGGGCGAGGCCAAUAGACCGACCAGCUGGUCCUGCGGCAGGGGCGAGAGGCACGUGUGGAGGAGAAGGGCCAAACAGAUCAUUGGGCCUGAUGACGCAGAAAGCACAAACAAACACAAGUCCAGAGGUGAAGCUCCCACAGAAGCCCACAGCGGCCAAUCGGGACGCAGGGUUAAACCGUGAGGGCGGGAGUCGUGAGGCGGGUAACCGCGUUGCGCAGACAAAUCAUGAAGUCAAUCUUGUGGGCAAUCGCGAGAUGAAUCGAGACUCUAUGAAACGAGACUCUGUGAAACGGGUGAAUCGCGACAAUCGAGUGGAGCGCGAGGCCGCGACUCGUGAGGCACUGCUGAACCAGGAGGCCGCAAACCGUGCGUCGGCCAUGAGUCGCGUGUCUCGCUCCCAGCUGCUGCGUCACCGCGCGUCGCAACUGGCUGACGAGCGCAGCGGCAUGAGCACGGACGAGGAGACCGGAGACAUGCUCCUGGGUCGAUACUGGAGCCGCACCGAGAGAAAGGAGCACUUCCUGUUAGCGCGUGAGCUAAGGCAAGCACGCGGCGAUCGCUCAUCCAGCCGCGAGCGUGACAGGGCGUGUGCGGCGCCCGAGGACCCCAGGGCGAGCACGGUGCUGGAGCUCAGCCACCGUAAGCUAAGCCGCCUGCGCAACAGGAAGCUACUUGAUGAUUGGACGACAGUAGAGGAACUACUGACACACGGCAAUCGCCUCGGCAACCACGAAGACGCACUGACCUGCCCAAGCUCGCUGCUCACAGUGACCACGGUGUAA